UUAAAAAAUAAAAAAAAUUCAAACAACCAUUUCAUUUCAGCAGUCUGUGGCUCUGUGCUUUCGCACCAAAUUUGAUCGGAAAUUAAACAGUUGAAAAUCAUCUUCCGUCGUCGGUCCUGUUUAGGUAGAGAAGAGAAAUAGAAGUUGCUACCGACUCGUCUGUCGUUCGUUGUGGUGUUUUGGUUCUUUUGUUUCCUUGAGAUUUACGUUAAAGAUGGGGUGUUGAAAAGUUCAAAUCUUGACUAAAGAAACCUUUUGCAAACCUCUUCCUCUCCUCUGUUUUUCAAAGCUUCUUCUGCAGAUGGAAUCAGUGAAACCUUCAGCUAUGACUCCAACCAAGAGUAAAUUGGCACAUACUUUUGCUAAAGUUUUUCAUAUUCGAGCAAUAUCUGGGGUUGCUCUGGUUGAUGGAGUUCAGAAAGUUAAGCAUCUAGAGAAGGUGAUCAAAGAUGAUUGGAAACCCGUUAAGAGUACAGGUAGUUGGUCUCAGUUACUUGACGAGGAUGAUAAAGAUGAUGAAUACAAAUUGGCCAUGGAAGCUUUUCUUGCAAAGAUUUUUGCAACCAUUUCUUCGGUUAAAGCUGCGUAUAGUCAAUUACAAUAUGCUCAGUCUCCUUAUGAUGCCGAGGGUAUUCAAUCUGCUGAUCAUUUGGUAGUUAAAGAGUUGAAGAAUUUGUCUGAAUUGAAGCAGUGUUACUUGAAGAAACAAUUUGAUAUUUCACCAGAGAAAACAUUGGUUUCUGCAGAAAUUCUGGAGCUGAAGAGUCUUGUAAAGACCUACGAAAUCAUGGGGAAUAAGUUAGAAUCGCAGCUGAGGCUCAAGGAAUCUGAAAUCAUAUUUCUUAAAGAGAAGUUAGAGGAAAACAAUGAACAAAACAAGUUAAUACAUAAUAGUCUAAAUCAAAGUGGUCAGUUAUCUAUGCUUGAUAAUCUUCACUUCUCAGGGUUAAGUACUAGUCAUUUUGUUACAGUUCUUCAGCAUGCUGUGAAAUCUAUCCGAGGAUUUGUCAGAUUGAUGAUUGAUGAGAUGAAAACUGCUGGUUGGGAUAUCGACGCAGCAGCCAGUUCAAUUCAACCAAAUGUGGUGUAUUAUAAAGCUGAUCACAAAUGUUAUGCUUUUGAAUCCUUUGUUUGCGGGGAAAUGUUCAAUACUUUUCAUUACCGCAAUUACUCCCCAGCAAACGAGUCUUUGCCUGAGAGAAAGAAACAACAACAGCAACAACAACAGCUUUUCUUUGAGAGAUUCACAGAACUAAAAUCUGUGAAAGCAAAGGAUUACCUUUCAAGGAAGCCUAAAUCAUUGUUUGGAAAAUUUUGCCGGGUCAAGUACUGGCAAGUGAUUCACCAGAAGAUGGAAUCAUCAUUUUUUGGCAAUCUUAACCACAGGAACCUUCUGAGUUCUGGUGAAUUUCCAGAUACUGGAUUCUUUGCCUCAUUUGCAGAAAUGGCAAAACGGGUUUGGCUCCUACAUUGCUUAGCCUUUACAUUCCAGCCUGCGGCCUCCAUCUUUCAAGUAAACAAAGGGACUCGAUUCUCAGAAGCUUACAUGGAAAGCUUAGAUGAUGAAGCCUUCCUUUCAAUGGACAGCACGCAACAAUCCGACCCUCGAGUGGCUUUCACAGUUGUUCCAGGUUUCAGAAUUGGUAAAACAGUUCUACAGUGCCAGGUUUAUCUCUCCCACUUUCAAACUAAUUAGUUACAACCAUUAAUCACCAUUUGCCGAGAAAACAUUGAUUGACUGGAAGGCUAUGCACUGAAAAGAAUCUUGGCUGUGAACAAUGCACGUGUAUCUGUCGAAUGAGAGACCGCCACAUGGCAUGAAUGACAUGUAAUGGCUCUCUCAUUGGUGUGAUACAUUGCAUCAGUUGGCACCCGAGAUCUUCCCCAUGGUUUUGAUAUUUUUUUGCAUAAAUUAAAGAUCAGACAAAUGGGGUUGCCUGGUUGAUAAGUGUUAUGUGGGGACUGUAAGACGCUCCCAGGGAUUUUGUCCCUUUUUCUAUGUGGCCAAUUCGAAAAGCAAAUUAGGUAGACUGAAUGAAUGGUUUUAUUUUUAUUAUGUAAGAUAACUUCCUGUCAAAUUUUGUUGAUAUUAGAACAAUAACAGAGGGAUGUUAGCUGUUUUGCGUCAUCACUUGAUAAUAAAAUUGAUGUUCUUAAUGUACACAAUGAUUUAUUUUA